UUUUACUCUGUGAUUGAUAAAGCAGUGCGUACCAACUUUAUAUCCCGCCGCAACGCAAAAUUAUAUGGAAAUAGAAUAUAAAAAUAUCACUAAAAAUAUAAAUGGUAGAAUCAUCAAAACACAAAUAUGGCAGAGCUAUAUGGAUAUAAAAGAUACGAAAAGUCAUUAGGAUUAUUGACAACGAGGUUUGUGUCGUUAUUGCAAAAAGCGAAUAAUGGAGUUUUAGAUUUAAAAAUCGCGACGGAUUUAUUGGCAGUUAGACAAAAGCGAAGGAUAUACGACAUAACAAAUGUAUUAGAGGGCAUAGGCUUAAUAGAGAAAAGAAGUAAAAACAGUAUACAAUGGAAAGGUGCCGGUCCAGAUGGUAAUGCUACUGAGGUUGGCAAAAAAGUGAAUUUGCUAAGAAAACAAAUAAAUUUACUGGAACAGCGUGAAGAACUCUUAGAUAAACAAAUGCAUUGGAUAGAACAAAGUAUUAAAAAUGUUUUAGACGAUCCAGAUAACGAUGCAAUGACCUUUGUGUCAGAAGAUGAUAUAAAAAAAUGUUUUAAAGAUGAUCAAAUACUUGUUUUGGAAGCACCAUUAGGUGCUGAUUUAUCGGUUGGAAGAACUCCUAGUAAGGAGAUUUUCCUGCAUGUAAAAUCAAGUGAGCCUAUUGGCGUUAUACUAUUAUGUGAUAAGGAAAAAGAAAAGGUGCCAAACGAAGAUACUAUGGAUGCUGAAGUUCAAAAAUAUACAGAGCAAGGGGAAGAUAUAUCACAAGAUUGCAAUUAUCUCUUAAGAUUAAGCCCACCAGUAACAAUACAAGACUUCUCUUUUUCUUUACACGGUACAGAAGGAUUAUGUGAUUUAUUUGAUAUUCCUUGUUAGAUGUUUUAAAAUUGUUUUUAAUUUGACAUUUUUAUUAUUCGAGAAUUUAAAGACAUUUUUACAGUUUUUUUGUAAUCAUGUAUUAAAUGAAGUUUAACUUUGAUUUUAUUAAGAUGUAUAUAUAAAUUAUGUAAAUAACAAUCAGAUUAUAUACUGUGUCGAAAUAAAUGACGAAAUAAAAAGUUUUUUUCUAA